AUGACGGUUGCGCGGCCAGUUCGGGCGUUGAUCGCCGGCGGGUGCAUUCUCUGGUGUUUCUUUCUAUGGCAGAUAUUCCCUCCAUCAUGGUCGUUAAGAGGUCCCGGUGAUCGCUACUCCAAUUUUGAGCGGGAUCCCAUGUUGGAUCCUACCGAUGAACCAGAAGGAGUGUUACAUCGUACGAGUCCGAGAUAUGCCCACGAUGCGAAAAAUACGGAGCGCAUUGAUGCGACGCUAUUAGCGCUGGUGCGGAACGAGGAGGUGGAUGCCAUGGUCAUGUCGAUGAGGGAUCUCGAAAGGACAUGGAACUCCAAGUUUAACUACCCCUGGACAUUUUUCAACGAUAAGCCUUUCACGGAAGAGUUCAAGAGGAAGACAAGAGCGGCUACGAAGGCGAAAUGUAACUACGAACUCAUCCCCAAGGAACAUUGGGACAUGCCCUCUUGGAUCGACGAAGAGCUCUUUCAAGAAUCCGCCAAGAUCCUCGAAAAGAAUGGCGUCCAAUACGCAAGCAAGAUAUCAUACCACCAAAUGUGUCGAUGGAACAGCGGUCUGUUCUACAAGCAUCCAGCCCUGAAGGACAUUCGCUACUACUGGCGUGUCGAGCCUAACGUGCACUUCUUCUGCGAUGUUGACUACGAUGUCUUCCGCUACAUGCACGAUAACAACAAGACAUACGGCUUCACUAUCAACCUCUACGACGAUCCCAAAACCUUACCUUCCUUGUGGCCCGAGACAGUCAAGUUUCUCGCUGAGCAUCCCAAUGCAAUCCACGAGAACAGCGCUGUAGCUUGGGUCACCGAUGAUGUUCGUCGACCUUCCACAAAUAGAAAGGCUCAGGGAUAUUCGACGUGCCAUUUCUGGAGUAAUUUUGAAAUUGCGGAUAUGUCAUUUUGGAGGAGCAAGACUUACGAGGACUACUUCAACCACCUCGAUCGUGCAGGCGGAUUCUUCUAUGAACGAUGGGGUGAUGCUCCAGUUCAUAGUAUUGCCCUUGGUCUAUUUGAAGACCAGAGCAAGAUUCAUUGGUUCCGUGAUAUUGGAUAUCAGCACAUCCCCUUCUUCAACUGUCCCAACUCACCAAAGUGUAAGGGCUGUGUAACUGGCCGUCUCACUGAUGGUGAGGCCUGGCUGCAUCGAGAAGACUGUCGACCCAACUGGUUCAAGUACGCUGGUAUGGGCUAA